CCGGCGGGCCGGGCCAUGCAGCGCUCCCGGGCGGCCGCGGACGAGGCGGCCCUGCUCCUGGCCGGGCUGGCCCUGCGGGAGCUGGAGCCCGGGGGCUGCUCUCCGGGUCGGGGGCGGCGGGGACCGCGGCCUGGGCCUGGAGACGAGGCGGCGCCCGCGCUGGGCCGCAGAGGGAAGGGCGGCGGCGGCCCCGAGGCCGGGGCGGACGGACUGAGCCGCGGGGAGCGGGGUCCCCGGCGCGCGGUGGCCCCGGAGGUCAGCGCGCAGCCUGCGGGCAGCCCACGGGCCAGCCUGGCGGGGUCCGACGGCGGCGGCGGCGGCGGCAGCGCCCGUUCCAGCGGCAUCAGCCUGGGCUACGACCAGCGCCACGGCAGCCCGCGCUCCGGCCGCUCGGACCCGCGCCCCGGCCCCGGGCCGCCGUCGGUGGGCAGCGCCCGCUCCAGCGUGUCCAGCCUCGGCUCCCGGGGCUCGGCCGGCGCCUAUGCUGACCUCCUCCCGCCCGGCGCCUGCCCCGCGCCCGCUCGCUCCCCGGAGCCUGCGGGGCCAGCCCCCUUCCCGCUGCCUGCGCUCCCGCUGCCCCCGGGCCGGGAGGGCGGCCCAAGCGCGGCCGAGCGGCGGCUGGAGGCGCUUACCCGGGAGCUGGAGCGGGCGCUCGAGGCGCGCACGGCACGGGACUACUUCGGCAUUUGCAUCAAGUGUGGGCUUGGCAUCUACGGAGCCCAGCAGGCGUGCCAGGCAAUGGGGAGUCUUUAUCACACCGACUGCUUCACCUGCGACUCGUGUGGGAGACGACUCCGUGGGAAGGCGUUCUACAACGUGGGCGAGAAAGUGUACUGCCAGGAGGACUUCCUGUACUCCGGGUUCCAGCAGACGGCCGACAAGUGCAGCGUGUGUGGACAUCUCAUCAUGGAGAUGAUCCUGCAGGCCCUGGGCAAGUCCUACCACCCAGGCUGCUUCCGGUGCUCCGUGUGCAAUGAAUGCCUGGACGGGGUUCCCUUCACCGUGGACGUGGAGAACAACAUCUACUGCGUGCGAGACUAUCACACGGUUUUUGCACCAAAAUGCGCCUCCUGUGCCCGUCCUAUCCUCCCUGCACAGGGCUGUGAGACAACCAUCCGUGUGGUGUCCAUGGACAGAGACUACCACGUGGCAUGUUACCACUGUGAGGUCCCUGAAAGGCGACCGUCUUCCGGAGGAGAGCAGAUCGACUACCGUGUGUGUGUGCUGACAAAAAUUCAACCUCUGAGUCCUCAGCUUCUGACCCCGGGGUCAGGAGCUCUGGUGUGGAGUCUCAGCCAAAAAGGCCCAGCUUUGUCUUCCUAGAGUGUCCUACCUGGGAUGCAAGAUAAACCAAGGAAAAAGGGCACUCACUGGUGCCCGAAAAGAAACCAUCCUAUGAAUUCCCACUCCCACCACCACCACCAAGAGACAGGUACGUGAAUUCCUGGGGGCCGUGGGAUAUUGUCACCUCUGGAUAUUGGGGUUCGCGGAGAUUGCCAAGCCCCUGUACACUGCUACAGGAGGGAAUGACCCGCUAGUUUGGACAGACACAGAAGAACGGGCUUUUCAAAACCUGAAAAAGGCAUUAACUGAAGCCCCUGCUCUAGCCCUCCCGAAUAUCUCAAAGCUGUUUCACUUGUCUGUCCACGAAAGCCAGGGAGUUGCUAAAGGGGUGCUUACUCAGACUUUAGGACCCUGGAGACGCCUGGUAGCCUAUUUGUCUAAGAGGCUGGAUCCUGUGGCCUCUGGAUAAUCAAGUUGUCUGCAAGCCAUAGCGGCUACGGCAAACCUAGUCCAAGAGGCUAAGUUAAUUCUGGGCCGAAGUUUAACCCUUACGGCCCCUCAUACUGCAGUAUCAGGGUUUACUGUUAGAUCAGCCUUGUCUGACUUUCCUUCAAGAUGUCUCAAUCCAGCUACUCUACUCCCUGAUCCAGACUUCACUACUCCUGUCCAUGACUGUCAGGAACUACAGAAACUGGCCGACCUGAUCUCCAAGAUGCGCCCCUAAAGAAGGCGGACGCACGCCACCGUGUUUACAGACAGUAGCAGCUUCCUCCAGCAGGGGGUAUGAAAGGCUGGUGCAGCCGUUACCACGGAGACAGAUGUGCUAUGGGCCCAGGCUUUGCCAGCAAACAUCUCAGCACAAAAAGCGGAAUUGAUUGCCCUCACUCAGGCUCUCCGAUGGGGUAAGGAUAAAAGUAUUAACAUUUACACUGACAGCAGGUAAGCCUUUGCUACUGUACUGUGUACAUGGAGCCAUCUAUCAGGAACGCGGGCUACUUACCUCGGCAGGAAAGACUAUCAAAAACAAAGGAUAAAUUCUAGCUCUGCUUGAAGCCCUGUGGCUCCCCCAGCAGGUAGCUGUGAUCCACUGCAAAGGACAUCAAAGAGAAAACACGGCCGUUGCCCGUGGUAACCAGAAAGCUGACUCAGAGGCUUGGGACUCAGCCUGACUUCCAGUCACGCCUCUAAACUUACUACCCGCAGUAUCCUUUUCACAGCCAGAUCUGCUUGACAAUCCCACGUACUCAACAGAAGAAGAAAAACUGGCUUCAGAUCUCGGAGCCAAUAAAAAUCAAGAAGUUUCAGAGAGAAGUUCUCACUCCUGCUUGGAAGGUACCACACACACACUGUCAUCCUCACCACGCCAACGGCUCUGAAGGUGGACGGCAUUCCUGCUUGGAUUCAUCACUCCCGCAUCAGACAGGCCAACAGAGCCCAACUAGAAACAUGGGUCCUCAAGCCUGGGUCAGGCCCCUUGAAACUGCGCCUAAGUCGGGUGAAGCUCUUAGAUUAAUUCUUUUUAUUUACCUCUCUUGUUUGUUUUUGCCUAUCAUGUCCUCUGUGCCUUCCUAUUCCUUUCUCCUCACCUCUUUCACGACAGGACGUGUAUUUGCAAACACUACUUGGAGGGCAGGUACCUCCAAGGAUGUCUCCCUUGCAGUUGAUUUAUGUGUGCUGUUUCCAGAACCAGCCCGCACCCAGGAAGAGCAAUGCAAUCUGCCGGUCACAGGGGCGGGAAGUGUCGACCUUGCGGCAGGAUUUGGACACUCUGGGAGCCAGACUGGAUGUGGAAGCUCCAGAGGUGCAGAAAAAGGACUCCAAAAUAUUGACUUUUAUCUCUGUCCUGGAAAUCACCCUGACUCUAGCUGUCGAGAUACUUACCAGUUUUUCUGCCCUGAUUGGACAUGUGUAACUUUAGCCACUUACUCUGGAGGAUCAACCCGAUCUUCAACUCUUUCCAUAAGUCGUGCUUCUCGUCCUAGAUUGUGUACUAGAAAAAAUUGUAAUCCUCUUACUAUAACUGUCCAUGACCCUAAUUCAGCUCAAUGGUAUUACGGCAUGUCAUGGGGAUUAAGACUUUAUAUCCCAGGAUUUGAUAUUGGGACUAUGUUCACCAUCCAAAAGAAAAUUCUGGUCUCAGGGAGCCCUCCUAAGCCAAUCGGGCCAUUAACUGAUCUAGGUGACCCUGUGUUCCAAAAGCACCCUGACAAAGUUGAUUUAACUGUUCCACCGCCAUUCUUAGUUCCUAAACCCCAGCUAAAACGACAACAUUUUCAACCCAGCCUGAUGUCUAUACUAGGCAGAGUACAUCACCUCCUUAACCUCACCCAGCCUAAACUAGCUUAAGAUUGCUGGCUAUGUUUAAAAGCAAAGCCCCCGUUUUAUGUAGGAUUAGGAGUAGAAGCCACACUUAAACAUGGCCCUCUAUCCUGUCGUGCACGACCCCGUGCUCUCACACUAGGAGAUGUGUCUGGAAAUGCUUCGUGUCUAAUUAGUAUUGGGUAUAACUUAUCUGCUUCUCCUUUUCAGGCUGCUUGUAAUCAGUCCCUGCUUACUUCCAUAAGCACCUCAGUCUCUUACCAAGCGCCUAACAAUACCUGGUUGGCCUGCACCUCAGGUCUCACUCGCUGCAUUAACGGGACUGAACCAGGACCUCUCCUGUGCGUGUUAGUUCAUGUACUUCCCGAAGUAUACGUGUACAGUGGACCAGAAGGACAAGUUCUCAUCGCUCCCCCUGAGUUACAUCCCAGGUUCCACCACGCCACCCCGCUCCUAGUUCCCCUCUUGGCUGGCCUUAGCAUAGCCCGAUCAGCAGCUAUCAGUAUGGCUGCCUUGGUUCAAGGGGAAACUGGACUAAUGUCCCUGUCUCAACAGGUAGAUUCUGAUUUAAGUAACCUCCGGUCUGCCAUAGAUAUACUACAUUCCCAGGUAGAGUCUCUGGCUGAAGUAGUUCUUCAAAACCGCCAAGGCUUGGAUCUGCUAUUCCUCUCUCAAGGAGGUUUAUGCGCAGAUCUGGGAGACAGUUGUUGCUUCUAUGCCAAUCAAUCUGGAGUCGUAAAAGAUACUCUUCAAAAGGUCCGAGAAAAUCUGGAUAGAUGUCAGCAAGAACGAGAAAAUAACAUCCCCUGGUAUCAAAGCAUGUUCAUCUGUAACCCAUGGCUAACUACUUUAAUCACUGCGUUAGCCGGACCCCUCCUCAUCCUACUGUUAAGCUUAAUUUUUGGGCCUUGUAUAUUAAAUUGGUUUGUUAACUUUGCAAAGCAACGCACAGCUUCUGUCAAACUUAUGUGUCUUAAAACUCAAUAUGACCCCCUUGUUAUAACUGAGGAAUCAAUGAUUUGAUUCCCCCAAAAACACAAGUGGGGAAUAUAAUACCUAACCUUGCUUUUUUACUAACUUUGUUUUUAGACUUUCCCUUUCUCCCUUAAUCUCCUAGCCUUGUUUCCACAUGAAUAAGCUCUCCCUUAGCUGAGAAAGCCGGACGAACUCCAUUUGGCUGUGUCAUUGGCAAGGCUUCAGGGACUCCCCACCCACCCCCUUCCUCAAGGAGUUAACUUGUGUAAGCAGACUCUCAACAUAUCAGAGAGUCCAAUUAACUGAUAAGGUACUGAAGCAAGCAAAGUAUGAAGUUCCCAGGAUUUUGCUCAAGAGAUAACACCGUAAAGCCUUGAGUUUGUGUCUGGCAGAGCCCACGUAUAUAACAUCUUAUGAAAGAUUUAGAGCCCUUACACCUGGAAACUGUUUCUCUGUAAUCAUUUGUCUUUUUUUUUUUUUAAACUUUGUACAUGUUUUUACUUCUGUAGAAUUGUUAUUGCAACUGAGCUCCCCCUCCCCUUCCUAACCCGAAAUAUAAAAGAAAAUCAAGCCCCUUCCUAGGGGCCAAGAGAAUUUUGAGCAUUAGCCAUCUCUCGGCCGUCUCUCGGUCGCCGGCUAAUAAAGGACUCUUAAAUUUGUCUCAAA